GGAGAGUGUUUUAAUCACUCAAAUUUAGUUGAUACAUUCACGCUUUUCUGUGUGACGGUUAAGAAUUCUGUUGGAGUAAAUGAGACAUUGUUUGGUUUGUGUAUAAGGUAAUAGAUACCAGCUAGAGCUCACUUGAAAUUUACACGGAAUUUCGUAAGUUUGUUGUUCUUCAAUACUUGAGAUUGGUGCUGUUCAUUCGACUUAAGCUUUAUUUGUUUAGUUUUAGUUAAACAAUCUGCACAUAAUGAACCUCAAUGUAUUAGACAUUAUAGUCCUCGUGAUAUAUUUUGUAGCUUUAUUGUGUACUGGAAUAUAUGCAUUGUUUGCAUCCAGAAGAGGGACUGUUACUGGUUAUUUUUUAGCUGGCCGGUUUAUGACAUGGCUUCCUGUCGGUGCAUCAUUAUUUGCUAGUAACAUUGGAAGCGAACAUUUCAUUGGUUUAGCUGGAUCAGGAGCGGCAGCUGGCAUAGCAGUCGGCGCUUUUGAACUGAAUGCAUCAAUUUUACUUCAACUUCUUGGGUGGGUAUUCCUACCUGUGUAUAUUGCAAGUGGAGUAUUUACGUUGCCCGAGUACAUGAAGAAACGAUAUGGCGGAGAAAGAAUACAUAUGUAUCUCGCUCUUUUGUCUCUCAUACUAUAUAUUUUUACAAAGAUUUCUGUCAAUUUAUAUUCAGGUUCACUGUUUUUAACUGAAGCAUUAAAAUGGAAUACUUGGGCAUCAAUAGUUAUGCUGCUUUUCCUGACUGGUCUUAUUACUGUUACCGGUGGAUUAGCAGCUGUUCUAUAUACAGAUACACUACAGUUUUUCGUGAUGAUAAUUGGUGCUUUAAUAUUAGCGAUAAUAAGCUACAUAAAUGUUGGAGGCUUUAGUGGUGUCCUUUCUUCUUAUGGUCAUGCUAUAGCCCCGAUAAAUAUCUCAUCAAGUACAGAUUCAGACAUAAUAAUCAGUUUGGCGAAUGUUCUUAACACAACAAAUUAUACUUCACUAACUCAAUUGGCAAGUUCACCAGAUGUCCCUUCUAGUUUGAGAUGUAGUCUACCACCUGAAAAUGCAUUUGUAUUAUUACGUGGAAUUGAUGAUCCUGAUAUGCCAUGGCUUGGGUUUUUACUUGGUCAAACACCUGCAUCUAUAUGGUAUUGGUGUACUGAUCAGAUGAUGGUACAACGUGUUUUAGCUGCAAAAAGUUUAUCACAUGCUCAAGGUGCCACAUUAAUGGCCGGUCUUAUUAAACAGUUACCUUUAUUUUUAAUUGUAAUACCUGGAAUGAUAAGUCGAAUAUUGUUUCCAGAUGUGAUUGGUUGUAAACCUGGACCAGAUUGUUAUCGAAUAUGCGGACAAAAAAGUGGAUGUUCAAAUUUAGCCUAUCCGAAACUUGUAAUUAAUAUUAUGCCAUCAGGUCUUAGAGGCCUUAUGUUAGCCGUGAUGCUAGCUGCAUUAAUUUCUGAUCUAACUUCGAUUUUCAAUUCUGCUAGUACGUUGUUUACAGUUGACGUUUAUUUGAAAAUUAGGAAAAAAGCAAAGAAUAUGGAGAUAAUGGUUGUUAGUCGAAUAUUUAUAAUUAUAUUAAUAUUAUUGAGUAUUGCAUGGAUUCCUGUCAUUCAAGAAUUACAAGGCAGUCAAUUAUUUAUUUAUAUUCAAGCUAUUUCAGCUUAUCUUGCUCCACCUGUAGCUUCAGUUUACUUAUGCGCUGUUUUAAUUAAACGAACUACAGAAAAGGGAGCAUUUUAUGGAUUAAUGUAUGGUUUAAUUAUUGGUUUAAUACGAUUAAUAUUAACUAUUAUAUAUCAUGAACCAAUAUGUGGUGAAUAUGAUCAUAGACCAUGGUUUAUUAAAAAUAUACAUUAUAUGUAUUUUGCAUUAUUUUCAUUUAUCACAUGUGGUAUUAUUGUAUGUUUAUUAUCAUUAAAUGAAAAACAAUUAACUAAUGAACAAUUACAACAUUUAACUUAUUGGACUGCAUGGGAUAAAUCCAUUAAUCAUUCAUUAUAUAAUAAUAGAACAUUACAUAAUCAUAUUUCAUCUAAUGAAAUGAUUCGUAAUAAUAUAGAGAAUGUGAUGAGUGAGAAUGAUGUUAAUAUGAUUAAUAAUGUUCAUUAUCAUCAAUAUGAAAAUAAUAAUGAAAUCAUUAAUAAAAGAGAAAUAUCAUCAACUUCUGAAUGUCAACAACAACAACAACAGCAAAAAGAAUUUGUAAAUAAUAAAACUAUGGAAGAUCAUGAUUUACCAGAUAAAAAAACAUCCCAAACUUCAUCAUCAUCAUCAUCAGAUUGGUAUAAAAUUAUGAAAAAUAUAUGUUUAUGGUUCUGCGGUUGUGCUGAUCAUCCAUGUUCUAACAUAGAAUGUAAUCAUUGUUGUUGUUUAAAAUUAUGUCAUAAUUUCACAACUCAUAUACAUCCAAAUCAUAAGAAAAUUUAUGUCAUCACAUCAAGUGAUGUUAAUAUAGCUGAUAAUGAGAAGAAAUUGGGCAACUUAGUAUUGGAAGAUGAUAAUAAUUUCGAUUCAGAAGAACAUUAUGCAAAGAUUACUUCAUUAAAACAAGAUCCAAAUGUAAAAUUAGGUUUGUAUAUUGGUUUAUUAUUCAUUAUUAUUUUAUCUAUAUUUGGUUUUAUAUUUUUUUCUAUUUAUUUUGGUUCUAUAUCAGUUGGUCCAUUACCUAUUUCUAUUGAUAAGAUAAUGAUAAAUGAUACAAUAAAAAAUGCUAUAAAAUCAUUAGAAACUCAUGGAUUAAUUACAAUACAAUGAAGAGAUCUUCUUUUGUUUUCAUUCUUUUAUGAGUACGAAUAUUAUUGAAUAGUAUAGUUUAUUAAUAAAAUGUUCGCAGCAAAUUUGAAAUUGAUUAUAGAAAUGUUGUAUCCUUUCUUUUUGCCAUAUUAUACAUAUAUAUAUACAUAUACAUAGAUA